UCAGUCAUCCCUGCCAUUCUCUCCUCCAGCUGCUCUGGUACUUACAGAAACUUGUCUCUGCAGCCAGGCGAGUACCCAAUGGCUGGCACUCCUUCAUCUGUCAGGCUGAUACCCAGGGACUGGCACUUACUUCUUCGGUGAGACUGAUACCCAGGGACUGGUACAUGCUCUGCUGCUUUGAUAUCCAAGGUCCUGCACUUUCUGCUCCUGGAACUCUAAUACUCAGUGCUUGGCACUCUCAACAGCUGUUCUGGUACCCAGGGACUGGCACCUUCUUCUCCUGUCAGGCUGAUACUCAGGGACUGGCACCUUCUCUGUUGCUCUGGUACCCAAGGGCUUGCAUUUUCUGCUCCUGGAACUCUAAUACUCAGUGCCUGGAACUCUCUAUCCAGCUGGUCUGGUACCUAGAGAUUAGGAUUCUCGGCUUCAACUGGUUUAGUACUCAGCACCUGAGAGUCUUGUAAGCAGAGUCUUGCCUGGCUGACACUCUGCCCUUUUCCCUGGCCAGACUCCACCAUUCCCUCACCCAGUGGCAGAGAGCAGCUGGCCCUGGUACCCAGGGUUGUGCCUGUAAGGCGGGUGGCAUUGGUGGCCCUAGGGGUUGCCAUGCUGCUAGUCCUGGUCAUUGUGAUCCCGCUGCUGGUUCUGCCCCCACCUGGGGAGGGUCAUUACGAGAUGCUGGGCACUUGCAGAAUGAUCUGUGACCCAUACAGUGGGCACCCCUCCACUGCUAUCGGGGAGGCUCUACAGGAUCUGAGUGGUGCCCCUCCUCCUUUCAUCCAGGGGCCCAAAGGGGACCCAGGCAGACCUGGAAAGCCAGGAGCCAGAGGCCCCUCUGGAGAAUCUGGACCACCUGGACCAAGGGGCCCUCCAGGAGAGAGAGGGGAGCCAGGCAAAUCUGGCAUUCCAGGACUGGGUACCUCAAUGCCAGGUUCUGUCUCUAGUGCUCUUCCAUCUCCCCGGAUCGCAUUCUAUGUUGGACUGAAAAGCCCUCACGAGGGUUACGAGCUGCUCAAGUUUGAUGAUGUGGUAACCAACCUGGAGAAUCACUAUGACCCUUCCACUGGCAAAUUCACCUGCCAAGUUCCCGGCAUCUACUUUUUUACCUACCACAUCCUCAUGCGAGGGGGAGAUGGCACCAGCAUGUGGGCAGAUCUGUGCAAGAAUGGACAGGUCAGAGCCAGCGCUAUAGCUCAAGAUGCGGAUCAGAAUUAUGACUAUGCCAGUAACAGUGUGGUACUUCACCUGGACUCUGGGGAUGAAAUCUAUGUGAAGUUGGACGGAGGAAAAGCCCAUGGGGGAAACAAUAACAAAUACAGCACCUUCUCUGGUUUUAUCUUAUACCCAGACUAGAUAUCCACCAGGUAUCCAUCUGGCACUGCCAACAUUGCCAUCUGGUGGACACAGAAACUGUGAGACAAAGAUACUCAAACUGAUAUGAACUGACCCACUGUGAGAGCUUCAUAUUACAAUUGUGACUACCAUGGAACCACAUAAUCCUGCUUAACUAUUCCACAGCCCUGUUCAGCUACUCCAAAACCCUGCUCAGCUACCAUAGAGCCCAUGCUCAACCCCAGAACCCUGCUUUUCUACCAUAGACAUCCUGUUCAACUACCCUAGAAACAUACACAUCUACCAUAGAAACCCUGCUCAUCUGCCCCAGAAAUCUACUCAUCUACCAUAGAAACCCUGCUCAGCCCCAGGGUCAACACACCUCAGGCCCUCCUACCUUCCCCCCCCCCCCGGUGUAAAUUUUUUCAGCUCGUGACUGUGACUGGGGGUGAAGGGACUGUGACUGGGGGCUACUGGGGCCCACCAGCCCAUUCAGACCCUGGCUAGCCCAGAAUUCUACUAAUCUACCAUAGAAACCCCAGAACCUAACUUAUCUACACUAGAAACCCUGCUCAGCUAGUCCAGAACCCUACUCAUUCUCCCUUGAUAUAUGGUCAACUACCCAGGAACCCUGCUUAGCCACCAUAGAAACCAUGCUCAACUACUCUAGAAACCUACUCAGAUAUUAUAGAAAGCAUGCUUAACUACCCCAAACCUUAAUCUUCCACCAUAGUAACCAUGCCCAACUAUCAUAAAGACCAUGCUCAACAAACCCAGAACCCUGCUGAACAGGUACACAGGUGCCCUAGGCACGUGCCUCUUCUGCCUACCCCAAGUUCCGGCCCUGACCUGCUCAUCUGCCCCAGAACCCUAUAAAUUUACCAUGUACUUGCUGUGUACCCGCUAAACCUGGCUCAACUCCCCUAGAAAAGUUUACCAAACAUGAACGUGUAGCGGGGAGAUCCCCUGCAUGUUUAUUUCGUCAUAUGAUGUAUGUAAGGUCUGUCUGACUAAGGGGCCUGCCCCCAAAACGUUACAUACAUCAUAUGAUGAAAUAAAUGAGCAGGGGACCUCCCCUCUACACUUGCCGUUCAUGUUUGUUAAACUUUUUUGGAUUCCAUAUUAUUGGGAGAGGUGCCGACCCAUCCAGCCAACAUGGGGCAUUCGCAAUCUGGAGAGAAUUGGGGGAAAUAGGAAACCUUGGUUGCCUCAACUCCCCUAGAAACACUGCUCAACUACCCCAGAACCCUACUUUUCUACCAUAGACACUCAUCUUAACUAAGCCAGAACCCUACUCAUCUACCAUAGAAACCCUGCUCAGAUACCAUCAAAACCCUGCUUAUCUGCCUCAGAACCCUUUUUAGCCAUGAUACAAACAAUGAUCAACAACCAUAGAAACCCUGCUAAACCAUUAUAAACUCAUCUAGAACACUACUCCUUGUCCAUAGAAACCCUGCUCAACUAGCACAGGACUUUGUUCAGCCAUUAUAGAAUCCCCAUUAAAUUAGCCCAGAGUCCUACUAUUCUGCUGUAGAAACCCUUCACAGCUACCAUACAAACCAUGCUCAAUUCAGUGACCCUAGAACCUUGCUCAGAUACCAUAGAACCUACACUCUGCUUCUGUAUUCAUUACACCAAAGAUUUUCUGCUAAAUCCAACCGCAGAUGUUUGUAUCACAGACAACAUGAUCAUCUUCCUUAGAAACCUCCCUUGUACAUGUGUUGCCGAAUCCAGGCUCAGUCCUUCUGGAUCCAUGUUCAGCUACUGUCUUAAAGGAUCAUCUCUCAACAUCUGCAUAAGUACUGUUGGAGCCACGUACCUGUGCAACCUCCAUGAAAAUCCAGUUCUACUCCUACCCAGACAUAGCUUGUGCUCCACAGAACCACUCGAGACUUUGCUAUAAAACCCUUUCCUUGAGCCAUGCCUGAUCCGAGGUCUUUUGGACUGGAGAAGUCAAUUCUAAGCUUCCUCGCAGCAUGCCUGAUUUCUAGAAAGAACAUUCAGUAGCCAAGUGAUUGCUCAUCUUCAUCUCACAGCUCUUUGCUACAUGUGUGUAAAGGUGACAAAGCAUCACUAGUGGUCAUAUAUGGACCAGAACCUGCUCAUCUCAGAUUUGUCUCAAUGUUUCUGAUAAUGAACUGUUUCUCUACAAUGUGACUUUUCUGUUUAGUGGGAGCAGGACAGGACAGUAGCAUAUUGUAGGGUUAGUGCAUAUGGUUGUUGAUGGCAACUCUCAGAUGAGAAAUGAUUCCAUUGGAUGUGUGUUAUAAGUUCUCUUGUCCAAUGUAUGUUCCAUUAUGUAUUGCA